CUUGCCUGAGGGGUCAGUGCCGCGCGCUCGCCUGUGUAGUGAGGUGGGUACGCUCCGCCCUGCCCAGCACCCGCCCUGCCCAACACCCGCCCUGCCCAACACCCGCCAAGUCCUGCUGACUUACUCAUCACCUGUGGACGCUCGAGUAUGACAACGCAUUCAUCAUGAGGCUUUUGUCUUUCGUUGGAAGAGGCGGCGGGAGUGUUGUGGGCGAGGCUGUGGCGGUGUUGCUCCAGCUGCUGCUCUUCUCUCACCUCACUCAUGCACAGUACGACACCUACGACGAGCUGAACGGGCCGUGUGCUGACUACCAGCCCGGGGAGGACGACCUACAAGCCUUUGACUUCAUCCGCAAGUUCCGCCUGGAUGUCUUGGAGCAGAGUUACCCCGGCGUGAGGCGUGUCCGGGGUUCGAACCGCAUGCAGACGGCCUACCGGCUCAAGGGAGACGCCGACCUCCAGAUUGCCACCAGGGACAUCUUCCCGCUGGGGCUGCCGCAGGAGUUCUCUCUCAUCUGCACGUACAAGGCCCGGGGCAGCCCUCAGGUGCCCUGGGACCUGAUCCGCAUCAACGACCUGAGGGACGAGACGCAGUUCGCCAUCACCCUCAACCCCAGGACCAGGAAUGUGGAGUUCUCCAUCAUCUCCUUCGACGGAACACUCCAGACGCUCGAGUUCAAGCAGGCUCAGACCGCUGUGGACUCCACUUGGCACAAGCUGCACUUCGGGGUGUUCCGUGACCGAGUGAUGCUCUACCUCGACUGUGAGAGGACCAGUGAAGAGCCCAUCGACCCCUUCGGCCCUAUUGACGUUAAUGGUAAUAUCCAGAUUGCCAAGCUGCAAGACUCGUCUCGAACCUUGCCAAGGAGGCCGAAGAAGAAGAAGAACGAUAUUGACCUGCAGUGGAUGGUGAUGAGCUGCGACCCUUCCAGCCCUGAACGGGAGACCUGCUCAGAGCUUCCUCUGCGACAGGUGCAGCCGACGGUCACUGACCAGGUGGGACCUGAGCAGUGUGAGGUGGUGUGCCCCAUGGGUCCUCCUGGCUUCAACGGCACUGAUGGUCGGAGGGGUCGGCGUGGCGAGCCUGGCCCGGCAGGACCCAUUGGGGACCCUGGCAUACCCGGCUUCCGUGGCGCCAAGGGUGAGCCUGGAGUGCCUGGACCUCCAGGAAGUGCUGGCCUACCAGGGGCACCAGGUCGACAGGGAGAAAUCGGAAGUCGGGGUCUUAUUGGACCCCAGGGACCCCAAGGACCCCGAGGUCUUUUAGGCCCUGUGGGCCCUAUUGGUCCUAAGGGAGACAAUGGUGACCGCGGGCUGCCUGGUCAACCUGGACCCGCGGGGCCCCAAGGGGUACCUGGUGCCAAAGGAGUACCUGGUGAUGCAGUGUUGGUCAAUGGUCCUGCCGGUGAACAAGGUCCCCAAGGACCUCCAGGACUACUAGGACCACCUGGUUUCGACGGUACUCCAGGCCAACCAGGAGCCAAAGGAGAACAAGGAGACCGAGGCGAGCGAGGAUUGAAUGGUCGACGUGGUAUUCCGGGACCCAAGGGAGACACCGGUUCUGUUGGACCAGUUGGCCCUCGAGGUGAACCCGGACCUUCGGGUCCACCUGGCAUCCCUGGGGCACCAGGUGGUGGUGGGGCAGGUGGAGACUCGGUGCCAGGCCCACCCGGUGUACCCGGAGCCAUGGGACCCGUGGGACAACGUGGCGAACCUGGAGUCAAAGGUGAUGUUGGUGCCCCUGGUCGCGAAGGUUUGCCCGGUCCACGUGGGGACAAAGGUGACCGAGGGCCCUCAGGCCCUGCUGGCGCUGACGGAGUUAAGGGAGAACAAGGAAGAGUGGGACCCUCGGGUACUGAUGGCAGUAAGGGCGAGCCAGGUGUGCCGGGGAUAACUGGUCUCAUUGGUAAACCUGGCGUCGUCGGUCUCCCGGGUCCUCAAGGGCCAAUGGGUCCACCAGGCCCCGAGGGCCUCAAGGGUUCAGCAGGAGGCCGUGGUGAACCAGGCUUUCCUGGAGAGCCUUCUCCACCUGGAACACCUGGACCACAGGGCGCUCAAGGUAUGCAAGGAGAAAGAGGAGAAGAGGGACCACAGGGAGCCCCAGGGCCUCCAGGACUUCAAGGACCACCAGGCAACCCUGGACAAUUAGGAAUUAUGGGACCUAAAGGACAUGCAGGGCAACCAGGUCUUAAGGGAGAGCCAGGCAAGCAAGGUCUGCGAGGUGAAGUUGGCCCAAUGGGAGGAGUUGGACAGAGAGGACCAGCUGGCCCUCAGGGUCCACCUGGUCGCUCUGGAAAAGAUGGCCCUAAGGGAUCCCAGGGUAUUCAGGGCCCUGUAGGCCCUCGUGGCCUCCCUGGACCAUCUGGUCCAACAGGUCCUCUUGGUCCAACUGGGUCACCAGGUCUUCCUGGAUUUACAGGCAAGCCUGGUGCUCCUGGUCCUCCAGGUCCUCCUGGUCCACCUGGAGAAUCUGCCCCUCAGGCAAUACAAGUAGCUGGUGAACGUGCAUACGGUAUGCCUGGCUCUGUGGGUCCUAUGGGGGCUACAGGCCUUCCCGGAGAGCGUGGUGCCGAUGGUUCCCGAGGCCCUGAAGGCAAGAGGGGCCACCCUGGUAUGCCUGGACCUGCUGGCCCAUCUGGGCUGCCUGGAUCUCCAGGCCAGCGUGGAGCACCUGGCAAUGAUGGUUCGCCUGGCACUCCUGGUCGAGAAUACACAGAGGAAGAGUUGCGGGGAAUAUGUGCUUCAGUUUUGAGAGAAAACUUGGCUGAGAUAGCCAAGACGCUGCGAGGGCCGCCAGGCCAGCCUGGUGUUGGACGCCGUGGCCCUGCUGGUGAACCAGGAGAAGUUGGUCCCCAAGGAGCUCCGGGCUCCCCCGGUGAGACAGGUCAGCGUGGGUACACCGGGUACCCAGGUGCCGCAGGUCCUGCAGGACCCACGGGAGAGCGCGGUCCCCGGGGGUACAAGGGUGAGAGAGGCACCAUGGGAGAGGGCAGAGACGGCAAGGUGGGACCUCCUGGAGAUCCAGGUCCACCUGGACCCCCAGGAGUGGGUCUGCCAGGCAGGAUAGGAGAGCGAGGUUCCCCAGGUCUGACAGGGGCCCAGGGAGGAAGAGGAGCCCCUGGCCCUCAGGGACCACCAGGUCACUGUGAAUACUGCAACCCUGCCUUGGCCUACCAGUCAGCAGCUGCUCAGGGUAAUACUAAAGGUCCCUGAGCAUCCAUUUCUCCACUUGAGAUGACCUCUGCGCCAGGCUCAUCAUGAGGUUAUAUGGACAAAAGAUCAUGAUGCUUUGCUGAUAUUAAUAAAAUCUGUCUACACAAUUCCUUUUUCGUGUGUUGUUAUGUCAACAGCUUUUCUAUGCCACAAAAUAUAAGCUGAUAAAAUUUGGAAAUGUAUAGAUCUAUGGAAACGUCUCUCAAACUUAUAUUUGUGUACUUCAUAUUAAAAUAAAUAUUUUUCAGUUUCACUUGUCAAAGUGUGCUUGUCAUUAAUUUUAAUUAAACUAAAGAUUAUAAAAACAUUUAUCCAAAUAAAAUUACACUGUAUAAUGUGCUUAUUAGCUAUUAAAAAGAGAGCUCAGUACACCAAGACUACAUAUCAAAAUAUCAUUCAUCAAGACCUUACAAACUGUGGUUGUAACAAAGCCCAUCACUGCCAAGCCCUCGUGCUUUUCUGUGUCGUCGUUGUUGUUUUUGUUGCAAAUAACGUUAGUCACCGAGGUUAAACAUAAUUUCAUAGGCUCAGUUUAUCCUAAAACCUAAGUGAAUACUUUUCAAAGUAUUUUUACAGUGUCAUCAUCAGCCAUAUGCAUUCAUACUCAAAAUAAAAUAUGAUAAUUUAGAUAUUGAAUAAAUAAAUUAUGGUGCCAAACUUAUAGAUGCGAGUAUGUUCUGUGAGUACUGUAGGAGCUCAGCUGCCAUCUAUGGCAGUAAUAUAAGAGCUCAGAGCCCUCUGUGGCAAUGAUGUAGGAACUCGGUUGCCCUCAGUGGCAAUAUGGUGGAUGCUCAGCCUCAAACACUCCAAUGGUGCUAUUUUUUUAUAGUAGUUACUUUUUAAUCUGCCAUCAUGUAUAUUCCAUAAGACUAACCUUAAUGUGUACAUAAAAUAAUUUUUUAUCUAAAUUAAUAAAGAGUUGGCCAACAA